GGUAUUAUUGUACAGUUGUAUAGUUCAGACCUUCAGCAAUUUUGAAAAUGGUUUGCCCUGAGGAAAAGGUGUCUGGCAUUUAACCAUUGAUGUGAGAACUCGGUGAAUUUAAAAUCAGGUCGAAUAAACACUACCUGUAUUUUACAAUACACAGAACCAGGGUUUCAAUGUUAGGAAUGGGUGUGUCCGUAGAAGAGACAAAUUUACGCCCAGACGUCCUCAACCAAUCCAAUCUCAGCCUCCUUGCCAGCUCCCCAAAUGUAGACCAAACUACCUCACCGAAUUCCCAUGGUAACGGGAAUGAAGAACAUCAUCAUCAUGAAGAACAUCGAAUCAAUCAAAAGGUCCCAAACCAUAACAAAAUCAUCACGUCUCUCAUAGCCGGAGCAGUGGCUGGAGCUGUAGCCAAGACUGUCAUCGCACCCCUCGACCGAACAAAGAUCCACUUCCAGAUUUCUAAUAAACAAUUCUCUGUGCGAGAUGCGUAUCAGUUCCUGUGCAAUACUUUUAAGAAUGAAGGAUUCCUGGCGCUAUGGAGAGGGAAUUCAGCGACGAUGGCGAGAAUUAUCCCCUAUGCAGCUAUUCAGUAUACCGCCCACGAACAGUACAAACGGUUCUUCAUGUGCAAUUCCAAGAGAAAACACCUCCCGCCUAUCAAACGGUUUAUGGUGGGUUCUAUGGCCGGUGUCACCGCCUCCUCUCUGACAUAUCCCUUAGAUCUAGUCCGAGCUCGAAUGGCCGUCACAGCUAAGGACAGAUACCACAACUUGUUUGAAGUGUUCCUGAAGAUUAAGGCAGAGGAGGGCCUGAGGACGCUGUACCGCGGUAUUGUUCCCACACUGUAUGGCUCCGUGGUCUACUCCGGCCUCGGGUUCUGUACAUACGAAACUCUCAAGAAGUGGCAUGCAGAAUACAACAAAGGGAAGGAUCUGACCUUAGGAGAACGUCUGUGCUUUGGAGCAUGUGCUGGACUUCUGAGUCAGUCUGCCUCCUAUCCCCUGGACAUCAUACGGAGGAGGAUGCAAACUGCAGGUGUAACAGGUCAUUCAAACGACUACCGGAGCGUCACUGAAACAUUUAAACGUGUGGUAAAGGAAGAGGGGUUCCGAAGAGGUCUGUACAAAGGCCUCAGUAUAAACUGGGUAAAAGGACCUAUAGCUGUGGGCGUCAGUUUUGCUACCUUUGACGUCACAACGCUAUGGCUCCGGCGCAGGAAAAUGUUUCACAUAGACGAAUUAGAUGGAGACUAAGGAAAAUUCAUCAACAUUUAGGAUUCAAACAAAUUGUAAAGACAUUUUUAAUGAAGUAUAUUUAGUUUUAUAUUAUUCUGACCUUAAUUAUAAGAUAUAUGCGCAGCAUAAGUAUAUAUUGGAUAUGUGUGACUGUUCGGUAUCAGAAAGAUGGUAUUCUUUUAUCUUCUUAUCUUUCUCUUAAUCCUAUUGUUUACCUCUAAAUUCUUGUUUAAAGUUUCCUUGAUAUUUCUUGGGUCAGUCCUUUAUGAAGCAGUUUUUAAAAUGGCCUGGUUUACUAUAUAGCUAGUCGAUCGUAUUUGAUACUACAGUAAAUCAGGGACGCAAGAAGCUCAGUAAAACUAAGACAAAUGUUUGAUUUUCCUCAGGAAUUGUCUUGCAAGUGGAUGCAAGCAAUUGACUAUAAACUUGUCCUACUGUCAUGUGAAUCGUGCUUGAUCCCAUGUUGAUUUUGUUUGAUUCCCAUUUUAACCCUUUCACCCCUAUGUAACUUAAAUAGACUCUUUCAUAAAUUGAUAUGGAUGAGUCUAUUAUGGUCUACAUGGUCUUAUGAAAGGGUUAAUCUUGCUUGAUUCAAAUGCCAAUUUUAUGUUAUUCCAAUGCACGUCUCGUUUGAUUCCCAUGCCAAUAUUUUUUUAUUCCUAUGUAAGGUUUUAUUUGUUGCGUUAAUUUUUUUCUUUCUAGUUUUACCCAAUCUUGCUUGUUAUUGUUCAUGGGUAGAAAAACAAAUCUGCUCAAUUUUGUAAGUUCAUACGUAGAAAAAUACAUUUCAUCACCUACCGACCCCUGUUAUCAGUGUCGUAACACCCAUUACUUAAAUUGUGUUAUGAACAUAUGUUUAACACCUUCACCCCUGAAGACACAUUUUGAAAUUUCAGGGGUGAAUGAGGCGAGAUAAAACAAUUAAAAUGUUCCAACUCAAUGAGUUAAUACCAUCCAGUGGAGCUUUGAUUCACAGUAUGUUCCCACUAUUUCAACUGUGAUGACACAGACUUCCAAAACGAUUCUGACGUCAAAAAAGAAAAAUCUUGCAUGCAGUCAAAAUGUUGAUACAUUAGAUUUCAAGUCAGUGUUAGAAAAUGUUGUUUGCACAAAUAUUUGCAAUAAAUCUUGGAUAUUUGAUACACAGAUCUUAAUUUUACACUGAAUUUGUUUCCGUUUCAUAUAUAAGAUUCACAGAACUCCUCACAAUUGCUAAUUGCUAGCUAUCAAAUGCUCAUUAAAGUAAUGGAAGGUCUUAUAUUGGUUUCUCAAAUCUCAUAAAAAAUGGAAAGUUCCAGGUUUAGACACUAAAUUUGUAUGCUUGGUAGUCCACAGGACUAUAUUUGAAUAGAUUACUUACUAGUCCUUCGUCAAUGUAACCAAGUCCAAGAUUUCCUGAUAAGGAAACAUCGCGAUCUACAGCACGAAAUAUCAAAGUUAGUUGACUGUAGGGGACUUUAAAUAGCUGUCAUAAAAAAAAGUUUUUGAAAAUUUUUGACAAUUAUCAUGCAAUAUAUCGUAUUUAAAGCAGUUUUCUAAAUUUG